UUAAAGAGGGUACCCAAACAGGAAAAAAAAAGUAUUGGUUAUCAAAGGAAUGUUUCAAUCCAAACUUGUUUUUGAAUAAACAUUUACAUUAAAUUAAGAUAGCAUAUCAGUUUCCAUAACAAAAAGAAUUAUGCAAUUUACACCCAUUGUGCGCAUUCAUGUUGUAAUGUUCAAUCCACCAAAACUAAUAAUACUAGUAGUCAAAACCAUUAACAUAAUAGAUAAAGAAAUCGAUGCUGCACAUAAUGAUUAUCAAUAGCAGUAUAAGCUUAAAGAGAAUGUUUGGCUACCAACAAUACAGAAUGAUUAUCAAUAAUAGCUCCCUUAGAGAUCAAAAUUCUUUGAAUAGAAUUCAAUAACAUUACAGAAAAGGGGACCGGCAAUUCUAUGUAUUUCAUAUGCUAGCAAUAGAUUACCAAUUAACUUCAACAUAAAAAAAAAUGUUCAUUCUCAAGACGAAGACGACGACACGACCUGCAUCUGGUGUUGCUGUGAAGGCAAAGAACUUCUGGCAAUUUCGCCUGUGAGGUGUGGAAGAAUCGAUCUAGGGCCUCGAAUUAGGGAUGAGAGACUUAUGGGUUGGGAAAUGGUGAAGGGUCGUGUUUUGGCUGUGAAAUCGCGUCCACCGUGGUCGAGUUUGACGCUGUCGAUAGCCACGUCACCUGCCGUCAAGCCACGUGAUAUGGGUUCAAACGGAUGGGGCAGCAGGUGAUGGAUGGAGUGGUAUGUUUGUAAGUUCAAUGACUUUUGAGCAGCAAACGGAAGUUCAGUGACUACAUCGUGAAAUUGUGCUAAGUUUGGUGAUCAAUCAAACUUUUUACUCGUCCUGCUUGUUUGCUGUCUUUGUCAAUUACCACUUUCAACGCCCGGUCUAUCUAACACUGCAUUCAAUUCCCUUCACCCUUCUUCUUUGCUCCUCCCCUUUCACCACCCUCCUCCUCCUGCUCUUGACAACAAUUUCCCACCAACUGGUUCAUCUCCAAGACUCCCAAAUCUCAAUUAUUAACCAAAUCUUCUACAUUCUACAAAUCCAAAAAGGUUUAAUAACUAAAAGACCAAAAAGAAAAAAGGAUAAACCAAUGAUUUUACUUUACAAAGAAAGAGAGGAUUGAAAAGAGAUCCAACUUUCAUUUUCUCGAACCCUGUUGGCUAUUUUUUCUAGGUAUAAUCAUAAUGGGGUGUUCAGCUUCUCGUCCCAGUAAUUUCAUCACACAACAGCAAAAUCCCAACUCGAAUUCUUCUUAUUCACAUUCAAAUUCCCAGUUGCAGUCUCCAUUUUCAGACCCUUGUUCAACUCCUAUAUCAAGAACUCUAUCUCUCCCUACCCCUUUGGUCCACCAUCCACCUCUAUGUAAAGGGGAUUCUAAUCACUUUGUUUCCUUGACCUCCACCACUUAUGGUUCCCUUGUACUCGUUGAACCCCCAAACACCAAUUUCAAUGGCCAAGAUUUCGACAUUCUGACUCCGCAUUUGAAAAAGGGCCAAGUUUAUGGCCGUUCUGAGGACCCUUUGUCCUCAGACUCGGUUAUCAAUACUUGGGAGCUCAUGGAAGGGCUUGAUGACGAUGAAUUCAAUUUCCACAUCAUUGACUACCCAAAGAAGUCCAACAGAAAAGAGCUUGGUGAGCUAAUGAAAUCCUAUGAGUUUGUAGAGCACACGGAUACCAAGCCGUUGUGGAAGCAUUUAUCUGAGGAAUCGUUGCUAGCAAAAAUGGAUCCCAAUGUAGUCUCGCGUUAUCGAAAGGCACUGUUUGCCAGACAGGAUGGAUAUGAAAAGACCAAAGAUAUCUCGAAAACCAAAAGGAUUGAGUCUUUGGAAUUAAAUAGCGUGAGUUCUUUUGUGUCAACUGAUAAUGAGUUGUAUUUAUCUGGUGCUGAAGAUCGAAUUAUUUUGUAUUACACUAGCUUGAGGGGGAUUAGGAAGAGUUAUGAGGAUUGUUGUGCUGUAAGGGGGAUUUUCAGGGGAUAUAAAGUGUGUGUGGACGAGAGGGAUAUUUCUAUGGACUCGUCAUAUAGAAAGGAGUUGCAGGAGGCAUUGAAAGUCAAGGCUGUGAGCUUGCCACAAGUGUUUAUUAGGGGGAAAUACAUUGGUGGAGCAGAGGAGAUAAAGCAGCUUAAUGAGGCUGGAGAGUUGGCUAAGCUUUUGAAAGGUUUUCGGCUUAUGGAUUUGGUGUUUGUGUGUGAGAUUUGUGGGGAUGCAAGGUUUGUUCCAUGCCCAAAUUGCAAUGGAAGUCGGAAGAUUUAUGAAGAAGAUGAAGGAAGAAUGAGGAGGUGCCCCAAUUGCAAUGAGAAUGGAUUGAUACGAUGCUCUGGUUGUUUCCCUUGAGUGUUACUGCUGCUCAGUGAAAACUAUUGUUUGGAACUUAUUUCUGAGGCUAUUUAUAGAGCUUUGCUUCUAAUGGAAUGUGUAUCUAUUUCACUGUUUGUCUAGGGUCUUGUUUCAAUCUCCUUUAUGUAAACUUUCUGCAUAUUAUAACGGUUGGAUAUUAUUAUUCAUUGUCUCUGAACAACAUUAACUAAUAAAGGAGUAUCAUUGUGUGCA